UGAAAAAAGGGAUGGGGCCUAUUCGGGUAUUUCGCCUAAAUUCAAUGUAGUCGAUAGUGGCGACUCACUUCGGUUCCCGCUUUGGUGAGCGGAGGAGCAAAAACCCUAAAUCCCCAAAUUGAGUAGCAUCGUCAACAGUGAAGAAUUGUUCAAUUGAAGCUGAGCAGAGAAAGCAUUGUGAUUGGUGUUCUGGUAUCAAGGUUCUCUGCUGUCCAGAGGCUUGGUAUGGGGAAACUCGGCCUUUUCUUUUCUAUUGGUAUCACCUGUGAAAUAUCUUGAGUAAGUUUGUGAAAUAGUAUCAGCAAACAUUGUCUAACAUUGGAUAUCUAUGUGUAUGUGAGUGGAUUGGAACAUCUAGACUUGGGGAAGAAAAAUAUACAACGAAAACAUCAUAAAACAAGUGUGGAUACCUUACAAGACCAUCCCUUAAAGCUUUUGUGAAUAUAAGCAUCUGUUCUGCUGUGUCUAAUGAUGUAUAACACUGCACUACAGCAGUUUCAGUCUAACAUUCUUUUGGGUGUAUUGGCUUCUUAAUUUCAUUUCAGUUUAACACUGUUCUGAUGAUUUUUUAGUGCGUCUUCAUUCACAUUCUGGAAUCCACAUUUCUGAUUUCUGUAUACAUUAACUCAUUUCCCAAAGCAUGAAAGCUCCAAAGCAGAAUCAAGAAAGACUGUUAAUUAGAGAUGCCAAAACCAGCAGUGAAUCUUGCAUUGCUACGAGUGUGUUCAGUUUUCUUUGCCUGGAGUUUUACUGAUAAAAGUAAAUGUAGAGUGUAAGUGGAAAUAUGCUUGGUUCUUGAAAUCUGCAGCAGGACAGGUAUUUUCUUAUAUUUUAAUUUGGAAGUGCAGAAUCAGAGCAACUGAUCAAAAUUAAAACCGAGACUAACAAACUUAGGAACUAAUGAAAUUCAUCAAAUAGUCUAAUUUCAGAUAUCAAGCAUGAACAAUGUUGAGAUUCACAUCAUGACAGACUUUAAAUUCCUCCAAAAAGAGGAGUUUAGAAAUCUCUACAAGUCUACAACACACCCCUCAAGUCUUAAGUGCAGAUCUCAAUGACAGCUAAUCAGAGCACUGAAGGGAGAAAGAGUGGCAUUGUUGUAAUAAGUGUAGUGACAUUGUAGUAAUUUCCAAAUUUGGGGAAUGAGAACGAAAAUAGUGGCGAAUCAUUCGGUUGCCGCGGGGGAGCAAAACCGUAGAUCCCCAAAUUGAAGCUGAGCAGAGAAAAACCACUAGUUUGGUGAGUCCCAUUCUUCUGAUAAAUAUGUUUGGUUUUUGCUGUAGAAGAUUUCAAGUUCAAUUACUAGUUCCAAGUUUUCAUUGCAUUCAAAAGGAACGUCUUUUCAGCAGAUUUUAUUCAUCAAAAUCACUAGUAGGUCCUCAAGGUACCUCUUUUACAGUCUCAUACCUUAUAAACUCAUUUGGGUUCUCCCCAGAACUUGCUCUCUCUUUGUCCAAGAAGCUGUGGGUACAGUUUGAAUCCCCAGAAAAACCAGACUCUGUUAUUAAGCUUCUGAAACACUACGGCCUCAGUGGCACCCACGUCUCCGUAAUGGUUAAGAAAGACCCAAGGCUGCUCUUAUUCAAAGCUGAGAAGAUCUUUCUGCCCAAGCUUGAGUUUUUCAGUUCCAUGGGCAUUUCAGGCACUGUCCUUGCUAGGCUCCUUUGUAACAACCCAAGAAUCUUGGCAUUAAGCUUAGAGAGAAGUCUCAGACCUUGUUAUGAUAUCACCAAAACUCUACAUAUCCCCGAUGAAAAGCUCGCUUAUUUCUUUAGUGACUUCAGGCGGACUACUUUCAAAAGAUUGUGCAUUGUUGCUCGCAAUGUUCAAGUUCUGAGAGCACAUGGUGUGCCACAAUCCUCAUUUCCUCUGUGGGUGCCCUUUUAUUUUAAUGCACUGUCCUAUGACUCUGAGAGGGUCAAAGAAAAUAUUGACAAGGUCAUCAGCAUGGGACUCCGCCCUUCAUCUGCCACAUUCAUGAGAGCACUGUUUGUGAUAUCAGUGACGGAUGCAUCAAAAUGGGAACAGAAGAUGGAAUUUUAUAGAAACUGGGGUCUGACUGAAGAUGACGUGUUGUUGGCAUUUAGAAAGAGUCCCUUGUUUAUGUCCUUCAGUGAGAAGAUUAUAUCCAGUAAAAUGGAUUUUUAUGUGAAUACAAUGGGUUGCCAGCCCUCAGAUGUGGCUGGAUGUCCAGAUGUUCUAACCUAUAGUUUGGAGAAGCGAAUCAUACCUAGGUGUUCAGUUAUCAGACUUCUCCAGUUAGAGGGCUUAAUCGCAAAGGAAGAUGUAUCUAUAAGUACUAUUCUGAAGACAAGCGAGAAGUGGUUCUUGGAAAGGUUUGUGAUCAAAUAUCAAGGGCAAGUACCUGAAUUGCUGACAUCUUACAAGGAAAAAUCAGUCUUGCAAAAUUUGGCUUAGGAUUAGAUGAAAGAGGUGGAGAGAAACAUGUCUAGGACAAAGCUUGUUAUUAGAAUUUGAUGAUUCUGAGGAUUAAGUUCUACUACUAUUCUCAUUGUGCUUUAAACAUUACAAUUCCAUUUCUUUUAUUAUGUUCUGUCUUACAAAGAGAGUUUUAAAUGGC